AUGAGCACACCGUUACAAGUUGAGCGACAACUUCCGUCUUUAUCACAUUCCUCUUAUUCAUUUAGUGAACAACAACACUCAGCAAUUCGGACUGUUGCUGAUUCUGAUUCCACAAAACAAUCGGGUACUAGUAGUACUAUGAGAUUGGCAAAUACAAGCUUAGGUACCGACGAUAACGGAAGUGCCGUUAUGAAACGAACUAACAAAACUCAUGUUCCAAGUGCUUGUGUAAAUUGCAAAAGAGCACACCUUGCUUGUGACGUGUCGAGACCUUGUAAACGAUGUGUUGCUCUUAAUAAAGUUGAUACUUGUAUCGACAUUAAACACAAGAAACGCGGACGUCCAAAAUUGAAGGAUAAAAAGCCUCAUCCAUACAAUACUCAUGCUACUGGUGACGCGAAAACUUGGGUAUCGAGUACACAAUUUCUUCCUCCAACUACUACAAAUCCUGCUAUUCCUUCUCCUCGAAAUCCGCGUCAAUUUGAUCCUUCUUCUUCUCAAAAUCAUCAGCAUUCUUUUACUUCUUUUGCUCCUUCCCCUCCUUAUUAUCGUUCUCCUCCUGCAAGACAUCAUCAUAUACCUUUUAAUCAUCCUCCUUUCAUCAAUCAAUCUUCUACAAGAUCUCAAAUUCCUUUAUCAGAAAUUUCUCCUACUAUUACUAUGUUCUUGACUACUGCUGGUGCUCAUUGUGCUAAAGCUUCUGAUGAAUGUCUAGUUAAUAUGGGUUAUUAUCCUUAUGAACUUGUUCAUAAAUCUCUAUAUGAAUACGUUCCUCCUCCUGAUUGUGAAAGGUUACAGAAACUUAUUGAUUCUUUACUGGAGAAUGCUCAUAGAUAUCAUCAUACUCUUCAAUCUACUCAUCAAUACACUUAUCAACCUCCUUCCUUUGAUCAUCCUGUUACUUCUGAUGAUCCCGGUUUUUGUCAUGCAACUCCUGAACAAUUACAAAUUCCUGCUUAUGGUACUCUUAUUGAAGCUGCUGAUAUGAUUCAUUUAAAACAAAGGAAUGGUCAAUAUGAUUUAUAUAAUGUUAAAACUUAUCUCGGCGGUGGUCUUGGUGCUGAUUUGACGCGAAAAGAUACUUGGUCCAAAUUAUAUAUUGUGGCUUUUUUCACUAGAGUUAAAACUGGUGCUUGCGUACAAAAUGAUUGUAGUAUUUAUACUCAAUCUAGAAUUAGUAAUAUUAACAAUAUUAAUGGCGCUGUCAAUAGUUUUUCAACUUUGAACACUCCAUCUACCAUCACCACUAUUGAUCCUGCUCUGCUUACGAUGAAUCACCCAUCGAAUGAUAAUGUUUCCUCAAGUAUAGGUACUGGAAAAUUUGGUCUUUUAAGUCCUGUAUUAUCACCAAGACAAGGCUUAUCAGAAUUAAAUCCAUCAUCUAUAUAUAUUGAAGCUCCACCACCACCAUCAAAUCCUCAAAAUUCUACCGAUUUUCAUUCUCAUCAAAGAACUUCUCAUUAUUCAACUUCAUAUACUUCAGUCAAUCAAAAUAUUCCAAGAUCUGAUUCACCAUCUCAAUCUUCUUCAUCAGUCUUACUUGAUAGACGAUCUUUAUCAAGUAGAUCUUCGAAUAAUAAUUCAUUUUAUCAUGAAAUGGAUACAAAACCUAUUUUAGACUCUUCAUUUGAGCAUAAUCAACUUGAUCGUUCAUUACAAUAUCAUCACAUACCUGCGAAUAAUGAUGUUUCACAGUCAACUCCUCAAUUCUCAAAUGAUGGACAUAAAAGUAUCAUUUCAAGAGAUUCCGAGUCUCGUGUAAACCCUCUUGGAACUGAAUCAGAUUCUACUUCUGUUGCUAGGAUGAGU